AUGGGUAUAAGUAUUGGAUUCAUGGAUGCUCCUCAUAUAACAUAUUUGGGAGAAAUAACACAACCGAAAUUAAGAGCAAUUUUGACAUCUUAUGCUGAAUUAAGCGUAUCUCUCGGAUUUUCUUUUGUUUAUUUUUUGGGUUUAAUCAUCGAUUGGAAAACAAUGUCAAGCGUUUGUUGUUUUAUACCGAUUUUAUCAAUGUUUUUCAUAUCAUGGAUACCAGAAUCUCCCAUUUGGUUACUGUCGAAAAAAAAAAUUGAUCAUGCCAUAAAAAGUUUGUGCUGGCUCAGGGGAUGGGUGAAACCGGAAAUUAUCCGCAAAGAAUUUUUAGAACUAAAUCAUCAAUUAAAUAUUAAAGGGAAUAAAAUAAACGAAUUUAAUUUAAGUGAAAAUUAUUUAAGUGAAUCUAAUGCUAAAAAAAAAUGUGCAUUUAAUAAAAUUAUGAAAGCUGCUGGAUUUACCGAAUUAUUUAAUAAAUCAGUGUUACUACCUGCUCUUCUCGUUGCAUUUUAUUUUGGAUUUAGUCAUAUUGUUGGUGUUACAAACAUUCGACCGUUUAUGAUCAGUAUUUUAAAUGAAUUUGGCACUCCAGUUAAUCCCAUUUGGGUGACGGCAAUAUCUUCAAUAGUAGGUAUGGUUGGAUAUAUUAGUGGUAUGAUAUUAGUACCGAAAAUGGGAAAACGUUGGGUGUCAAUAUUGUCCAUGCUAGGUUGUGCUCUCAUCAAUGGGUUACUUUCUAUUUAUGGCUUUUUUUUCUCUGACUAUAAUGCGUUGUGGGUUCCUGUUGUUCUAUUUAUUUUACUAAAUUUUAUUUGGAGCCUUGGAAUAGGUCAAAUACCUUGGAUGCUUAUUAGUGAGGUUUUUCCUUUCAAGGGCAGAGGAAUAGCCAGUGGAGUUGUUGCAGCAAUAUCAUAUAUACAAGCUUUCGUUUUUAUAAAAACGUAUUAUUCUCUCCAGUAUAGUUUUUCACUUGCUGGAGCAUUUGGAUUUUUUGGUUUAUGUGCAGCUUUGGGCAGUGUUUUCUUAUACGUAUUCUUGCCGGAAACGGAAGGGAAAACACUGAAUUGUAUAGAAACAGAUUUGGAAAAUCAUUUUAAUAAUUUAUUUCAAAAGUGUUCUUUAAAUUUAGAUAAAACAAAAAACUUGUGUUCAAACUGCACGUAA